AAUUGAUUUAUAUAAUGCUUCACCUUUUUUUCCAUCAUUAGAGACAUCGUAUCUGAUGAAAUGUUAUUUUGAAUUAAAUAUCCAUUUAUUCCUUUUUGGUGCCUCAUCAUGUACAGAGAUCAAAAAUGAAUUAUCGUGCAUGGAAUCACCGUUGCUGGUUAAUCUCAUACAUGACGAUUGACCAGGUUCUGUACGAGUUAAAGAAAUCUAGAAGUUGGGCUGCACUGCAUGUUGCUGAUAAUUGUUGUUUUCAUUAUCGCAGACGACUAUUACUGAAAAUUCUGGAGAGCCGAAGUCCUGUGGAAGAAACUGUAUCUUUUGGUCAUAGUGCCGAUAUUGUCCAAGCCUUGAAG